CAGUAUACACAAUGCAUUGCAAUUUGUUGUGCAUAGGGCUGCAUAGCUGCAGACCAGUCAGGGUGCCCAUGCUGACCCCUGUGCACCACUGAAAGCACCAACAAUGGGCAUGUGAGCAUCAGAACUGGACCACGGAGCAAAGGAAGAAGUUGGCCUGGUCUGAUGAAUCACAUUCCCCAAAUUCCCCAGAUCAAGCAUUAGUGGGAUGUGCUGGACAACAAGCCCGAUCCAUGGAGGCCCCACCUCACAACUUAGAGGACUUACAGGAUCUAGUGGAGUUCAUGCCCCAAGGGGUCAGGGCUGUUUUGGCUGCAAAAGGGGAACCGACACUAUAUUAGGCAGGUGGUCAUACUGUAAUGCCUGAUCAGUGUGUAGUAUAAAUUAAACAAUAAUAAUUCUAUAAAGUAUCAAUAUAAUAUACUAUAAUAAAUAAGAGUCCAACACUGCCAGGCCAAAAUACUUGUGAGUAAACAACCAACACAACACAACAUCCAGAUAUCUAAUUUAAGACAUUAAGAACUAAUAUAAAUAACAGCUGUUACCAAGAAACAAUAAUAUAUAAGAAUUAACAUAUUAAUAUAAAACUGAGUUUAUAAAGAGUUACUUUGGUAAUCGAUAUUGGAAGUGAAUUUGUUUGGUUAUGGGGAUUGUCAGAGUUACUUCAGUACUGCUAAUGAAGCAUUAGCUUGGCAUAGGAGGAGCUAAUUCCCUUAAAGGGACAAGAACAGAAACCGAAACUUAAAUCAGAAACACAUCACUAAAACUGACAUCUAGUGAAGAAUCUGACAAUCCCCAGUGGGACUGUAUUUUAUCCAUACAGGUGAUUCAGGUGUGUGAGGGAGAAUGGACAGCAUUCUCUGUGACCCCACUGAAGAUCAGGAAUGUGACGAUGCCCUUGAAGUGAGAGAGGCCUGCAAAGAUGAAGGAAGUUCAUCUGCAAAGCCUGAAAAAGUUCUUGGUGAGGAAAGUGGUGAUACUGUCAUACAGCAGAAGAGAUCAAGCUCACCAGUUCCCAGUUGCUUGUCCAUGAAGAGUAACUGGUCCAUGGAGCUCCCGAUUACACUAAAGCAAGCAGAUGACACACCUCAGCAAUGGGCCUCUCUAGAGACACAGAGCUUGUGUCCCCCAAGUUGUCUGUCUAUAAGGAGUCACCAGUCAAUGGAUCCACCGUUCAGAUUUAAAGACAGUGCACCUGCUGAACAAAUAAUGCAGGAAAGCUCAUCUGCUCCCAGCUGUCUGUCCAUGAAGAGUGAACUUUCCAUGGAUCCACCAGCCUCCUUCAAAGAGUCGGAGUUUUUUGUUGAUGAAAGACAGUCUGACCAGCGUGAACAGUUGUAUCUUUCUGCCACAUUAAGGUGCUUUGAGGAGAAGUUCAUGAGCUUGAUGGAACGGGAGAUGAAGAAAAUCAGCCGGAUUCUCAGACCAGAUUGCUGUGCGACUGUGGAAAGUUCAGAGGAAGACCAGGACAGCAAUGAUGCCAGAGAAGCAGCUCUGAAGAUUGCCCUGCACAUUUUAAGAGACAUGAAAGAACAAGACCUGGUUGAAAAGUUGAUGAAAUUUGAAUGUGUGCAUACGCUUCAGAAAAAACUCAAAUCCAACCUGAAGCGAAAGAGCGAGCAAGUGUUUGAAGGAAUUGCUAAGCAAGGAAGCCCGGCCCUUCUCAACAAGAUUUACACUGAGCUCUACAUCACAGAGGGCGGAUGUGGAACCCUUAACGAUGAACAUGAAGUGAGACAGAUUGAGUCAUUGAACAGAGUUCCCACAGCACAAGAAACACCAAUCAAAUGCAACGAGAUCUUUAAACCAUUACCGGGGCAAGACAAAUACAUCAGGACCGUCCUGACCAACGGUGUAGCUGGCAUCGGAAAAACUGUCUCUGUCCAGAAGUUUGUCCUGGACUGGGCUGAAGGAAAAGCCAACCAAGAUGUACAUUUCUUGUUUCCGUUGCCUUUUCGGGAGUUAAAUCUCAUGAAAAAGGAAAAGCACACCAUGGAGGGUCUUCUUCACUGCUUUUUCAGAGAAAUAAAGAGUUUCCCGCUCUUAGAACUCGAAAACUACAAGGUGAUUUUCAUCUUUGAUGGUCUGGACGAAUGUCGGCUUCCUCUAGACUUUAAAAGCUACGAAAGAUGUUCGGAUAUAACCAAACCAACAUCGCUGGAGGUUCUUUUGAUGAACCUUAUAGCAGGGACCCUGCUUCCUGGCUCUCUGCUCUGGAUCACUUCCCGACCGGCAGCCGCUAACCAGCUACCCGCUAACUACAUUGACCAGGUAACGGAGGUAAGAGGAUUCAAUGACCCCCAGAAAGAGGAGUACUUCCGCAAGAGAAUUACUGACCAAAGUUUGGCAGACAAAAUAAUCCAUCAUGUAAAGUCCUCCAGAAGCCUUCAUAUCAUGUGCCAUAUUCCUGUCUUCUGCUGGAUCUCUGCCAUGGUGCUCGAGAGGCAAAUGAGUGAGGCAGACCAUCAUCACAUGCCCAAAUCUUUAACUGAAAUGUACACCCAUUUUUUGAUCUUUCAGACAGUACAGACAAAUGAAAAAUAUAGAAAAGGAAAAGACCUGCAGCCUUGCUUGACCAGAGAAAACCUUCUUUCGUUUGGAAAGCUAGCAUUCCAGCAACUCCAUAAGCGUGACUUGAUUUUCUAUGAAGAAGAUUUGCAGGAAUGUGGCAUUGAUGUCAAAGAGGCAUCUGUCUAUUCCGGAGUUUGCACACAGAUCUUCAGAGAAGAGUUUGCACUAUACCAGAGAAAGGUCUAUAGCUUUGUGCAUUUGAGCUUCCAGGAAUAUCUUGCAGCUUUAUUUGUCUACUUAUGCUGGACUGGCACCACUGAACCUGACCAGGUUCAGGAUAAUAACCUUCAGAAACUUUGCCUUGAUUCAACCAUUUUCGAUUUGCACAAGAGUGCGGUGGACUUGGCUUUGCGUUCAAGGCAAGGACACUUGGAUCUUUUCCUCCGGUUCCUCCUCGGUUUGUCUCUGGAAUCCAAUCAGAAUCUGUUGCGCAAUUUACUGCUGAAUAAAGUGAGCGCCGAUCACACCCGCCAGGAAACUGUGACCUACAUAAAGCUCAUGCUUGGGGGGAACAUUAGGCCUGAAAGCACUAUUAACUUGUUCCACUGUCUGCAAGAGUUGAACGAUCAUUCUUUAGUUGAGGAAAUUCAAACCUACCUACACACAAAGAGCCUCUCGGCAGAAAUGCUCUCGCCAGCACAGUGGUCUGCUUUGGUCUUUGUGUUGCUGACCAUUGAGAAGCUGGAGGUGUUUGACCUAAGAAAAUACAUCAAGUCAAAUGCGGGAUACAAGGGGUUGAAACCUGUAGCCAAGGCAUCCAGGACUGUCAUAUUGUCUUCAUGCAACCUUACAAAGGGCAUCUGUCAAUCACUGGCCAGUGUUCUUGUUUCAAAGUCUUGUGCUAUAAGAGAGCUAGAUUUAAGUGGGAAUUCCCUACAGGACAAAGGAGUGUUGCAACUGUCCAGAGGAUUGCAGAGUCCAAAUUGUCGACUGGAGGUGCUGAAACUGGCAUUUUGCAGUUUCAAAAGAAUUGGAUGUGUUCAUCUACUAUCUGCUCUGCAGUCAAAUCCUGGCCACCUGAGAGAGCUGGACCUGAGCUACAAUCUUAUAGGAAGUGAAGUUCUUAAUGAUCUCAUGACUGUACUGCCCAAGAGCAGGAUCGAAACACUGAGGCUUGUGCAUUGUAACAUCACAAAGGAAUGGUGUGUUUUUCUGGCCUCGGUUGUAAGUUCCACACCGAUUCACCUUAAACAUUUGGAUCUGAGUGACAACUUCAUAGGGGACCUGGGAGCAGAAGUCUUUCCUGAAUUACUGAGCAAUGAAAAUUGUAAACUUCAGUCCCUGAGGCUGGAGAAAUGUAAUAUAACUUGGAAAAGCCGUAACAUACUUGAAUCCUCAUCCAGCUCGAAGUCCUGGUGUCUCCAAUCCCUCGACUUGAGUGACAAUGACCUGCAAGACUCAGGAGUAAAACAACUGGCUCGUGAACUAAUUGUGACAACGUGCAGAUUAGAAAACUUAAGGCUCUCAUGUUGUGGAAUCACGGAGCGAGGAUUCUUGAGCUUGUCUUCAACUCUGAGAUUAAACCCCACAUGCCUGAGAGAACUGGAUCUGAGUAAGAAUUUCCCUGGCAAGACUGCGAUGAAGCAGCUGUGUGCAGCUGUCGGACAGUCCACCUGCAAUCUUCAGACCUUAUGUUUGGACCAAUGUAAUCUUGACUCAGAAAUAUGUACCUCGCUUGCCAUAAUGCUUCAGAACUCGAGUCUGAUAGAGCUGAGUCUGAACAAUAACAAUCUCGGAGAUAUGGGAGUAAUAACAAUCUUCACUGGGCUACAAAGUGGACGAUACACCCUGAAGAUCCUGAGGCUGGCUAACUGUUUCCUGACCGACAGUAUUUGUGAUUUCUUGGCCCCUGCACUAAGCUUGAACACCACUGGCCUGUCAGAGCUGGACCUGAGCGGCAACAGCCUCAGCCAAAACAGAGCCAGUUUCCUGUGCUCAAUAUCAAACAUAAAUCUUACACUGUGAUAAGAACUGCUAAACUACCCCAUGCUUUUUUUUUUGCACUUUUAUCUUAAUUAUGGGAAUCAGUGCAUAGUCUUAUAGUGACCACACUAAACUGAAUCAAUCUUCUCGUUCUCAAAACCUUUAAGAGCUGGUACAUUGAUAUUUAAAUGCUAAAAAUGGGUAGAACAUGGAGUUUAGCUUCAGAAGGGAUUAAUGACCUUUCUUUUUAUAUCUUUUAUCAUCCGUUGAUCUGGAAAUAUAAUAUAGUUAUAUAUUUUUUAUACACUUUUGAAGAAACUUUUUAUAAAGUUAACAUAAGACUUGUUAAAAAAUCACGCUUACAAAUUGUUUAAA